UUUGUUAUUGUAGGGCUGUGUUUACAAACGUUGAAAGGUUUUAAGGAAUUACAUUUAUGGAUUUAUGAAACUAAUAAUGGAACUAGCAGCAUCCUGUCGCACCUGCAUGGAAGAGAAUCGCAGAUAUUAUGAAAUACAUGAUUCUGUAGACGAAACUCAUACAAUUGUAGAAAUGUUAAGUGAACUUGUGCCACAGAUCAACAUCAGGGAAGAGGAUGACAUUGAAUUUUCAUCUUUAAUAUGUGAGACGUGUGUUGAUCAAUUGAUCGCAAGUUUUGCGUUCCAUCGGUUAUGCAUUGAAACAGAUACUCGCCUUCGUGAGUUGAUUAUAAAGCCCGUAGAACAGAUGGUGGUUGAACAACAAAAUGACGGCGAAUCUUCGAUGGAAGAGUUCGAGGAAAACUCUGAAGUAAAAAUUGAAUAUGUUGACGAAUUUCAUAUGCGGGACGAUGAAGUUAGUGACGCAACAGAUAGUGAUUUCAGCGAAGAAAGCAAUCAAGCGCAUUAUGAAAGGGAGGAAAACAACCAGCCUGACCCAAAUAGUGAUGAAAAUUUAAUUACUAGAGAAACUGACGAUGAAGAUUUCAAAAUAGCUAUGCCACUCAAAAUCAUAAAAAUUAAUGAAUUUAAAAGAUUCUCCUGCACGGAUUGUGGUAAAAUAUAUGAUCGUAUAUCAAGGAUUCAACAACACUUGGAAAAAAAACACAAAUAUAAUCUUGAUGAUAUUAAAAAGUUUAUACAAUUUUGUGAAGAUAACAUAACUCAUGAAACUAAGUUUGGGAGAAAAAAUUUAACUUCCAUGUCAGCUAAGGAAAGAAAAAAAUACGUUGGCAGUCGGGAGUUUCCCUGUGAGGUUUGUGGAAAAAUAUUUGAUUGUAUAUCCCGUCUGAAACGUCAUGCACCUGUUCAUUCCUCAGAUAAACCGUAUACUUGUGAAAUUUGUAUGCGUGGUUGCUCCAAUUUGAAUUCAUUAAAACGGCACAAAAUGUUGCACGCGAAAAAGGAAGAAGAGAAAAACACCAACCAAGAUCCCCCAGAAGGUUAUAAAUGCCCGUAUUGUCCAAAAUGCUACCCAAGUAAAAAUGCCCUGUCCUCGCAUCGAUUGGUUCAUGCUGCUGAAAACGCUACAUAUUCAUGCGAAGUGUGUAAACGCAAAUAUAUGACAAUGAGAACGUUAUGCGAACACAUAAAAAAAGCCCAUCCUGACAGAACCUUUUCAUGCAAAGAGUGCGACAAAAAAUUCGUUUUAGAGGAACAACUGUCUAGACACUUGCAUUCACACAGAACAAUCGAUCUUACAUGUGCUAUAUGUGAAAAAGAGUUCACAUCCGAACUAGCUGUUAAGGAACACAUGUAUAUCCAUACUGGCGAAAAUCCCUAUCUAUGUCCAACAUGUGGUAAAACAUUCAAAUAUAGCAGCAGCCUUAGAAAACACAUCGAGAGGCAUACCGAAGAAAAAAAAUAUCAAUGUUCUGAAUGUUCUCGCUGUUUUAAGUGUCGUGUUGACUUAUAUACGCAUAAAAAAGUACAUUUGGGCAUAAAACCUUUUAAAUGCAAUAUUUGUGGCUAUCGAUUUACCAGGCCGUCCUAUUUAAAACGUCACAAAGAGUUGCAUUUUAGAAAAAAUCCUCAUAAGUGCUAUGAAUGCAAAAUGAUGUUUGCGUCAAUAACAAGUUUGAAACGCCACCUGCGAAUUCACAAUAAUGAUGAAGGUGACACUAAUUCAAUAACUAUGGAGCAACUAAAUGAGGACAAUUAUGAAAAGUAACCACAGAUUUACACCCGUGCAGUGACUGAAUUACUAAUAAAUAGGCAUGAAUUAAAAUAAUGGCAGAAUGUGUUAUACAUUUUUAAAAAGUUAUUUAAUUAGCUUAUUAUAAUACGACUUCUCGAAUAUUAAAACACGUAGUGGCAAA